AUGUUUACUGUCAAUGAGGCAAAUCGAUCUCUUACAAUCAAUGACAGGCAGAUUCACCAUGAAGCAUCCCACAGGCAAACAGUAUAUGAAGAGGCAAAGGUACUGAGUCUCUGCAUCAGGCAGCCUACUCCAAACACCUACGGCACUGGAACCAACCAGAGGCUAAGGAUGAAGGUCCUGCUGCUGACUCUUUUACUCAGUCUGGUUUGCGCUAACCUCUCUACAACAGACCUCUCACAGUUUUCAGGAGAAUGGAAGAGCCUCUAUGUGGCCUCCAAUAAUCCCAUGAUGACAAAUGAGAAUGGCCCAUUUCUGUGUUUUAACCGUGAAAUUAAUUUUGAAAGAGCAAAUAACAAUAUAUCUUUUGAUUAUUUUCUCAAGGUGAAUGGAGAAUGCGUGCAGCAAUAUCUCCCUGGGACAAGGAUCGAAGGCAAUGUUUUCACCCUUAACUAUGAGGGUAUAACACUUUAUAAACUUACUUAUGCAUCAGAAACAUCAUUGGUGGGGUAUUUCAUCAACGUGGAUGAGAAUAAUGAGGUCUCUAUAAUAACUAUGAUGUACGGCAAAUCAUACCAUGUGAAUGAGCUAGGUUUUGAGAAGUUCAAAGAGCUGACUCGGGAGAAGAACAUUCCACAAGAAAAUAUUGUGGAUUAUGCUAAUUUAGAAGACUGUUCUAAAAAUUAAUGAAUGCAGAGUUCUUGAUUCUCACAGGCACUUCUAGGAUGAAUAGAUUGCUUACAAGCCACAAAAACUGUAGGAGGUAGAGGACACAAAUAUAACUCAAUCAGAGUUCCUGCUAAUCUCUUUGAAAACCCAUCCCCAUGCACAUCUGCCUUGAGAUCAGAAAUUCAGGAGUAGCAAGAUCCCACUAAACCUACAACUGUGAGAAAUUCCAAAGGCACUCUUCAACAUCAGAGAGAUGAAGAGGACCCAGGGCUCCUGGAACUUGUCCAUGAAAUUCACUGUCGUCACUUCCAGCCCAUCGCACUCCAUGUCCUGCAGACUCCCCAGUCAAGGCUUCACCCCAUCGACUCAACUAACCUAGGGUCUUGCUUUCUUCUCUCAUAGACCAUGUACUGAGGACCAAUACAUCUUCUCAGUGUACCCUGAUCAACUGUGGAAAUAAUUCUUCCCUUGUUCUUGCCCAACAUCACCUGUCCCUCUUCAAGAGCUCACUCUCUUUCCUCCCUGCCAAUUAUCAUUCAGAGCCUGUGUGGUGUUACUGGAUAUCUUGUGUUCAAAUAAAUUAAUUUCAGAGCAAA